UUCCCCGUCCCCCUCCCAGCGCAGCGGCUCCCGCUCCCGAGCCGCCUUUUCCUCGUUGUUUUAUACCCGCCCUCCUCCUGCUCCAUCCGCGCCGCGCAUCUCCCGCCGCCCGCGGAGCUCCCCGAGCCCUCCGCCGCCUCCCGCAUGACUGUCACCAAGAUGUCAUGGCGCCCGCAGUACCGCAGCUCCAAGUUCCGGAACGUCUACGGGAAGGUGGCGAGCCGGGAGCACUGCUUCGACGGCGUCCCCAUCACCAAGAACGUGCACGACAACCACUUCUGCGCCGUCAACGCCAGCUUCAUCGCCAUCGUGACGGAGAGCGCCGGCGGCGGCUCCUUCCUCGUCAUCCCCAUCGAGCAGACAGGCCGGAUCGAACCGAACUACCCCAAAGUCUGUGGCCACCAGGGCAAUGUGCUGGACAUCAAGUGGAAUCCCUUCAUUGAGAACAUCAUCGCAUCCUGCUCCGAAGACACCUCGGUGCGGAUCUGGGAGAUCCCCGAGGGCGGCCUGAAGAGGAACAUGACAGAGGCUGUCCUGGAGCUGUACGGGCACAGCCGGCGCGUUGGCCUUGUGGAGUGGCACCCAACCACCAACAACAUCCUCUUCAGCGCUGGCUAUGACUAUAAGGUCCUCAUCUGGAACCUGGAUGUAGGGGAGCCGGUGAAGAUGAUCGACUGCCACAAGGACGUCAUCCUCUGCAUGUCCUUCAAUACAGACGGCAGCCUCCUGGCCACCACCUGCAAGGACAAGAAGCUGCGGGUGGUGGAGCCACGCUCCGGCAGGGUCCUGCAGGAGGCGAGCUGCAAGAACCACCGCGUGAACCGGGUGGUGUUCCUGGGCAGCACCAAGCGGCUGCUCACCACGGGGGUGUCGCGCUGGAACACGCGGCAGAUCGCGCUCUGGGACCAGGAAGACCUGACCAUGCCCUUGAUAGAGGAGGAGAUCGACGGGCUCUCGGGGCUCCUCUUCCCGUUCUAUGAUGCUGACACUCACAUGCUGUACUUGGCUGGCAAGGGUGAUGGGAACAUUCGCUAUUACGAGAUCGGCUCGGAAAAGCCCUACCUGAGUUAUCUCAUGGAGUUCCGCUCCCCGGCCCCGCAGAAAGGACUGGGAGUGAUGCCCAAGUACGGGCUGGACGUGUCGGCCUGCGAGGUCUUCCGGUUCUACAAGCUCGUCACGCUCAAGGGGCUCAUCGAGCCCAUCUCCAUGAUCGUGCCGAGGAGGUCAGAGACAUACCAAGAGGACAUCUACCCCAUGACCCCGGGGACGGAGCCAGCCCUCACUCCAGAUGAAUGGCUCAGCGGGGUCAACCGAGAUCCCAUCCUGAUAUCGCUGAAGGAGGGCUACAAGAAGACAUCCGGAAUCGUCUUUAAGGCACCGGUGAAGGCGAAGAGGAGCGUCCUUGUGAAUGGCAUAGACCUGCUGGAGAACGUGCCACCACGGACGGAGAAUGAGCUCCUCCGGAUGUUCUUCCGGCAGCAGGACGAGAUCCGGCGGCUGAAGGAGGAGCUCUCACAGAAGGACAUCCAGGUCCGGCAGCUCCACCUGACCCUCAAGAACCUGCGGAACAACCCCAAGAACAAUUAACCUGCAGGGCUCUUUUCUAAAGGAACUCUCUCUGUUUAUACUCGCUCUUUACUCUCCCUGUCCCCACUCACACACCACAGGAGCCACCACCAAGUGACCUGCCCAGAGCCCGCAAAGCUAACUGGAAAUAACGUCCUCCUCGUCCCGUCUAGCACUAAAACUGCUUUAACCGAGAGCUACUGCAUGAGAGGCAGCCAGGGGGUCCCCACAAGCCCCCGGGCCAUGAGCUUGGAGUAAGUAGUGGAACCGCAUCCCCUCCGUCGGGAUGAGCCGGCACGGGGCGAGCGCGAAGCUUCGUUGCUGUUCGUGUGUUUCCUAUGCAAAGAUGGGAGGGCGGGCACAGAACUGGACCAGGGGUGGGAAGGGCUUCGGUCACAAACACAGGGUGGGAUGUGGGGACCCUUCCCAUGGCAGUGGCUGUGGAACAGCUCCGGCACA